AUGGUAUCAGUCUGCCGCACCCAACCCCCGAGAAAACUUUACCUUUCCCUCUCCGCUGCGCACGAUAGCCAAAUGGCCUCCAACGCCUUCGACCCCUUCAUAUACCAACUGCAGGAGAGUCUUCGCAAUGUCGACCUCAGGAACUUCAUCAACACCGACCUCAGCAACUGGCUCGGCAAGUUGGACUUCAAGACUGUGGGCUUCGUGGCUCUGGCGGCGUUGUUCGUGCUGCUGGUCCUGGACCUGUUCACCAAGAGCCCCACCCCCUUCGGCAGGAGCCUGGUGUCCUCUGUGGCUAACGUCUGGGACAGCGUAGGCCAGACGGGGCUCAGCCAGUCUCUUCGUGGCAGCCGUUCACUGGAGCCCGUGGUGACUAUCCUGGAUUCUCUAGCGGAGUCAGCGAAGAAGUGGGAGGCGCCGGAGGACAGUGUUGUCAGAAAUCGAGCCUUUUGAGUCGCUAAUUUGGAUUUUGGCGCCGAUGUAAAAAAUGCAGAAUUCUAACUGGGAAAAGCCGUUGGAGAAGCAGAGUACAAUUUUCUUACAAGCGUUUGUUUGCAGGCAAGCAAGCCAGGUUGUUUCCUACAAUUGUAGACUCGUAUUGUUUAUGCCGAUACCUUUAUAUCUUUUGUGAUUAUUGAGGUUUAUGUUGCUUGUUUUUAUUUUGUAUAAUAUUGUUAUAACAUAUUAAUUCCGUUUAUAUGUCGUCUUGUUAACUUGUUAAAUGGACAAUAAAGAAAUGUGAAU